AUGGAGGGAGAGACAGAGAAAGACACAGCGGAGGAAAAGGAGCGUGAUGAGACACAGCUGUCUGCUGGGGAAGAGGAAGGGGCGGGGCGACUUCAUCAGAACGGAGGGUCCUCCGAGGACGACCAGGACCUACCCAUCAUGCACUGGGAGGACCUGAGCCUGAGGAUCGCUGAGCUGGAGAAACAGGAGGAGGAGAGGAGAGAAAGGGCAAAGGUCCGAGGGCAUGAAGGGAGGGUGAAGAUGUUGUGACAGUUCUGAGAUCAGCUUAUCCUCCCCAAACCCUGACCGUAAUAAUUAUCAGGAACAACACAACACUGACCGUAGAUCAAAUAAAAUAGUAUUUGUCACAUGCGGCCAAAUACAACAGGUGUAGACUUUACUGUGAAAUGGUUACUUAUGAGCCAUUUCCCAACAAUGCAGAGAUAAAAAGUAAGACAAAAAAAAUACAAUUGUCAAAUAAGGGGGGGGGAAAGGAAAUAGUAACAAUAACGAGGCUAUACUGUACAAGGAGUACCGGUACUGAGUCAAUGUGCAGGGGUAUGAGGUAAUUUAGGUAAUAUUACAUGUAGGUAGGGGGAAAAGUGACUAGAAAAUCAAGAUAGAUAAUAAACAGAGUAGCAGCAGUGUGUGUGCAUGUUGGAAUGUCAGUGUAGUAUGUGUGAGUGUGCAUAGAGCCAGUGCAAGAAUGUCAUUGAAAAAUUUAAAAGGGGGGUCAAUGCAAAUAGUCUGAGUAGCCAUCAGCAUUUAGGGGCAACUUAAUCCUACUCUCUUUGCUUUAUACAUAAUCAAUAAUAUCCACCGCCAUUAGGCUGAAAUCUAGAGCCUUAUUGACAGUCAUGUAGCCCAUUGCUAUUGUGCAAGCUGAGUUCACAAUAAUGUCUGUUAAGAAGGUGAUCGCAAUAACACCCUGGUCCCUGUGACACCAUGACAUUAAAGCUGAACUUGUCUGUUUGAAAAAGACUGCAGUGAUGGGUUUAAUGACACCCAUUGCUUACACUCUCAACUCCCCCGCUACCACACGUCUCCACCCCUUCCCUCCCAUGUCAUCCCUCCAUCCCUGAUCCCUCCCUCUGUUCCUCUCUUUCAGAGUACAAGUGGGUCGGAACAGGGGAGUGUGUCAGGGGGCUGGGCGGAGGAGAGGCAGGGUGGGCUGUGGAGGAGAGAUGAAUGGGAGGAUGAGGAGGACUACGGAAGAUGUCGAGUUGCGGUUGUAUCGUCUAGGUAACAAAAGUCAAAAACAGUCAAUUUCAUUCUCAACUUAAUUCUGUAUACCAUUUAAUUUAAGUUCUCUCUUUUAAGUGUUCAUGUUAUUUUUGCCUUUUAUUUUCUUAUUACAGAUUCCACAACCACAAAAAUCUACAGUUAUGCUACAUCAACAACAGUGAGAGUGAGGAUGAUGAGGCAGAGGAAGGGGCUGUCAAAGAGGUGAGCGAGUCCCUCCUGUUUUAUAGUAUAGCACAAAACUGGGACAAAAACCUACACACAUUGCGGCACUCUAGGGCCAGGUGUGAAGAUAUGCAUAUGUACCCAUGCCAUGCUUUUGUUGUGUUUCCUGUUUGCCAGGGUUCUAUAGGGCCAGGUAGCCAUGGUUACCGCCCCUCUGGCCUGAAGCUGGAAGUGAGGGCCGCACUGAGCGCGCUCAAAAACAAGCUGCUAGCCGAACAGAAAGUGGAGGUGAGAAGGAUGGAGAAGUGUGGACUGUGGAGAGAAAGAAAUAUGGUUGGAAGAAAUAGAGGGAAACAGCGGGCAUGUGGUGGGAGAGAGGUAAGGAUUGGUAUGUGUGAAUAAUUCCUGUGUGUGUGUGUCUGUCUCAGCACCUUGCCUGCAGUAGUGUGAUCACUAAGAGGACUCAUCUGGAACACUGUGACCUGCAGACCUGCUCAAUACAGCAGCUCAACUCCCUCAGGACCUCACUCAACCACGACAUACACGGUCAGUAGGCGGUCAUUGCAUGGGAAUUGUGGUCAUUACAUGGGGGAAAAAAGGUGGUUAUUCCUUGGUAAUAAUGUGUUAGUAAAUGAACUGGCAGGUGAGUGCUUGUUGUACGGUUUUUGUGUUUUGGGAUCUAUAUGUAUUUGUGCCUUGUUUUUGUGCAAAGUAAUAUUCUAUUCUAUUCUUGCAGACCUGAGCUCAGAGUUGGUGGGUCACCUGUUGAUAAGGGACCAGCUGAGGACCAAACAGGACGCCAUGCUCCUGGACGUACAGGAUCUGACAUAACCCUGACCCACAGGUGCACAGGACAGUGGAUAAAGUGAUGCUGUCCAGGAUAUGCCACUAUGAGACUGUCAGAAGUGUUGCCAUAAUAUCCUACUCAACAUAUGAUUCUUCGAUAAGGAGAAAUGUUGAGGAUGAACACCGGCGUCAUAAUGCAAUCCAUAUUACACAGACAGGGAAUGGAUAACUUUCUCUUCAUCAUCCCCACCUAAUCUUGACCAGCAUAAUCUUCUUCAUCAUCGUCAUUUUCAUCAUUAGUGGAGAGAGGACUGUAUUAGGACCUGUUUUGAUGUACGCAUGCACUUAAUUAACAACAAAUAUUUCAUAUCAGAAAGAGGAGUUGAAGCCAUUUGUGAUGUUGUUUGAAACAUCUCUAAUAAUAUCUGACUCCUAGUCUGUUGCCGGUGGUAAGACAAAUCUUAUCUUGGGAGAACCUUCACAGCCAUAGUUUAACCCAACAUUCAAUGAGUUAUAUCAUUUACAUAUCUGAGGGAUACCAGCUUUUCCACAAGUUUUAUUGUGUAAACAUUGCAAUAUCCUUGACUUACUAAUGUAAGGGAAUUGUCCACUUACAGCCUGUGUAAAACAAGCUAAGGGGUUACAUAUUCAGGCUAAAGGGAACUGUCCUGUAACAAUUUGGUAGAGAAGCUUCUUUGUUGCUAAUUUAGGAUAAUUAUCCUCUUGUAUAGUUGCUGAUGUAAGGGAAUUGUCCACUUAUAUUGCCUAUAAGCCUGUGGGUAUUGACAUGCAUGUUGACUCUUGUGAUAUACCUAGGUGGUUUGUGGCCAUAACUAUAACUACCACCAGCAUAGGAAACCACAAAGCUGCUAUUGGGUGAUUCAAUGCCAACAAAGGCCGAAAAGAU